CCCCCCGAAUCACCCCCAAAAAUCGGAAAAUUACCCCGAAAACCCCCCAAACCACCCCCAAAACGUGGGAAUUUCACCCCAAAAUUUGGGAAUUUCGCCCCAAAACCCCCCAAACCCGAGGCCUUUCCUCCCGGCCGGUUCCUCGGUGGCCGUGGCCGCCUCGGGCGGCAAGGACAGCACCGUCCUGGCCCACCUGCAUCCCCCCUAAACCCCCCAAAUCCUCCCCAAAAUCCCCUGAAUCACCCCCAAAACCCUGGAAUUAACCCUCAAAACCCCGGAAUUAACCCUCAAAACGCCAUUGAUCCUCCCCAAAACCUUGGAAUUAACCCUCAAAACCCCGGAACCACCCCUGAAAAAUCGCAAAAUCACCCGGAAAACCCCCCGAAUCACCCCCAAAAUUUGGGAAUUUCACCCCAAAACCCCAUUAAUUCCCCCCAAAACCCUGAAAUUAUCCCCCAAAAAUCGCAAAAUUGCCCUGAAAACCCCCCAAACCACGCCCAAAAUUUGGGAAUUUCGCCCCAAAACUUGGGAAUUUCGCCCCAAAACGUGGGAAUUUCGCCCCAAAACUUGGGAAUUUCGCCCCAAACUCCCAGACCUUUCCUCCCGGCCGGUUCCUCGGUGGCCGUGGCCGCCUCGGGCGGCAAGGACAGCACCGUCCUGGCCCACCUGCUGACCCACCUGAACGGGCGGCACCGGCUGGGGCUGCGCCUGGCGCUGCUGGGCGUGGACGAGGGCAUCGACGGCUACCGGGACCACGCCCUGCGCGUGCUGCGCCGCGUGGGGGCGGGGCUGCCCCUCCCCCUCCUGCUCGUCUCCCACCGCGAGCUCUUCGGGUGGGGCGUGGACGAGCUGGGCGGGGCCCUGGGGGGGCGGAGCCGCUGCACCGUCUGCGGGGUGUUCCGGAGACACGCCCUGGAGAGGGCGGCCCGCGAGAUGGGGGCCGACUGGAUCGCUACUGGUCACAACGCCGAUGACGUGGCCGAGACGGUGCUGAUGAAUUUCCUGCGCGGGGACGUGGCGCGGCUGCGGCGCGCGGCCAACGAGGCCACCAUGGCCACCAACCUGACCAAUGUCACCAACGAGGCCACCAUGGCCACCAACCUGACCAUGGCCACCACCAAUGUCACCAACGAGGCCACCAUGGCCACCAACGAGGCCACCAUGGCCACCAAUGUCACCAAUGAGGCCACCAUGGCCACCAACG